AUGGCGCUUACCGUACUAGAACGUUUCUAUCUAAUAGACGAUGGCUUCUUUUCAUUUAACAUAAAAUACCUCUUCUUUGUUGGACUAUGGCCCGAGAAAACUCUAACAAGAAACCAGAAAAUUCUCUACAAAAUCUAUGAAAUAUUCAUCCAUACACUUACAAUCAUUUUCCUCAUCAUGGCUGGUAUUGGAACUUAUCAGCAUAACGAUGAUUUGCUGAUCGUUUUAUCUAAUAUGGACAAAAGUUUGGUCGUAUACAACUUCUUUUUAAAAACGAUAAUAUUUCUCAUCAAGAGGGAUCAGCUGAAAGACCUGAUUGAUGAGAUAGAGGCUUCUGGAGACGAAGUAACGAAAGAAAGAAAAAAGUUGAUGGCAAAUUAUGUGAUGGUUAUAACUGGUAUUACUGCUGCAGUCGUCAGUGCCUUUAGCAUUUUAGCUUUACUAGAAGGAGCUAUGUCUAUAGAAGCGUGGAUGCCAUUUGACCCAAUGGAAAGCUCGAUGAACUUAGUACUAUCGCUGCAGAUUAUAGCUGUUUGUGUGUUCCCUGCACUCUGCAGAGCGUUUGCCAUGCAAGGUCUAGUCUGUAGUAUGAUAAGGUACUUAUGUGACCAGUUGAUACACUUGCAGAAAGAGUUAAGAAGUUUGGAUUAUGUCAAAGAUGCUGAAAUGAUAACGAGGAUGAAGUUCAAGAUGAUUAUAAGGAAGCAUAUUCGUUUGAUGAGUUAUUCAAUGAAAAUGGAGAGUAUCUUCAAAGAAUAUUUCCUAGUCCAAAACUUAGCUGUUACUGUUGAACUGUGUUUGAAUGCGGUUAUGAUGACCACGGUCGGCGUUCAACAAAUAACUCUACUAUUCACCUUUCUAGUAUACCUAGUAUUAGCACUAAUUAAUGCCUACAUCUACUGCUACCUGGGCAACGAGCUGAUUAUACAAAGUGAAGGUAUAGCUCUAGCAGCCUACGAGUCUACCUGGACUUCCUGGCCAGUAGACCUUCAGAAAGACCUGCUGAUAGUCAUCAAUGCUUCUCAAAGACCUCUGAAGCUGAGUGCUGGUGGAAUGGCGUUACUGUCUAUACAGACUUUUAGUCAGGCUCUGUAUAACGGAUAUUCCAUCUUCGCUGUUCUCAACGAUGCUGUUAAUUAAACGAUUGUACUAUAGUGCUAUAGUAAUAUUAAUGCUUUUAGUAUUUUGCUUGGCUAAUCGUUAUCGUUAUCCAAUCGUUAUUUUGAGAUUGUAUUGUCUUAAGAAUAAUCUUAGAAAAUAGAGGCUUUUGUUAUUGCUAUUAGACUCGCGUUUGACCACCAUCUCACUAGUUGGGAAGCGAUGAUGUGGUCGAAGAUGAAGUACGCUUACCUAGAAGUAACCUAUUCACUCUAGCCUUAAAUACUCCAAGGCUAUAUUUAUCAGCAAACGCAGACCCUAGCAUUCCACUCCUUAGUUGUACACACAAUAAAGGUAGA